CAGACAGAGCACUCUCUCCGGCGAAAGAAAUGGCGAGUCUAGGGUUACGUCUCAAGGCGGCUGCAUCGACGUUGAGGAGCGGAGCAGCUUCUUUCCCAAGGCGUUGUUCUUGGGAGAUGGUGAAGAGAUCUCGCGGAUUCUGCUCUGAACCAGAGAACGACGUUCCAACUUCAGGAAUCGGAAGACCUCUCGCCAAGAUCCUCAAGGAGCUCAACAAAAAGGUUCCAGAUUCCGCCAUCAAGACACGUGUCGAAGAUGGGUUCGCCAUGAAAUACAUUCCUUGGCAUACUGUGAAUAGAAUAAUGAACCUGCAUGCUCCAGAAUGGUCUGGAGAAGUUCGAAGUGUCACUUACUCUCCUGAUGGUAAUACCGUCACUGUUGCUUAUCGUGUCACUCUCUACGGUACUGAUGCUGAGAUUUACAGGGAAUCAACAGGGACCACUUCUGUAAAUGACAAAGGCUAUGGUGAUGCUGUGCAAAAGGCUGAAGCAAUGGCGUUUCGCCGUGCCUGUGCAAGACUUGGAUUAGGGCUUCAUCUUUAUCACGAGGAUGCUCUGUAAUACCUCACGGUUUAACCUUGGGAACAAAAUACGUUUUGGGUGUUCUGUCUGCCUUGGUAGCAGUAGUCGGCAAAACGUAAGGAAGUCAAGUUUUGUAUCUAUUGAUGCCUUUUGGGUAUUGGAUAAUUGACCAUAUUUUGAAUUUUUAUGUUUAAAUCUUAAUACUCUUGUUCACUAGAUGUGUAAAGUUAAAUUCACGGGGUAAUAGGUUGAUUUUCCAGUACUGAGGCGAUUUAAAGUUUACAAAACACUUGCGCUACUUUAUUUUUGUGAUAAAAACAUUUUGG